AUGGCUGACAUUGAGGCAACGUUCCAUCAAGUUAAGGUGCCAGAUGGUGACUGCAAUGCCCUGCGAUUUCUUUGGUGGCCUGGUGGAGACCACUCUAAGGAACCGACUAACCAUCAGAUGCUGGUGCAUCUAUAUGGAGCAACAUCAUCGCCUGGCUGUGCCGGAUUUUGCCUUAGAAGAACAGCUGAAGACAACCCAGAAAAUUUCGACGAGGAAACAGUCACAGCGGUCCAAGAGAAUUUCUAUGUAGGUGACCGUCUUGUGCCAGUGAAAACAGAGGACGAAGUCAUCAGGUUAGCCAAUCAACUAAUGGAGUUUUUAGCCAAGGGAGGAGUCAGAUUGACGAAGUGGGUCUGUAACAGUCGUGAGGUGACGGAGGCAAUCCCUGUUGAGGAGAGAGCCCAAUCAGUACUGAAGUUAGAUUUUGAUCAUCUGCCAAUAGAGCGUACCUUGGGUGUGAAGUGGGAUGUGGAGGCCGAUAAGCUUGGAAUACAGAAUGUAUCAGACCCCUCCCAGUGGCGAUAUGUAGACUCUGCCAGCCACCCAGCUGAUGAUGGCUCUCGAGGAUUGACUGCAGAUGAAAUGAUUAGGGACCAGCGCUGGCUGCAUGGACCGGAGUUCCUGUGGAAGGAUGAAGAGCAGUAG